CGCAUGCUUCUCGGGGUAGAUAGCCCACUUUACAUAGCGGGGGGUAUUUAGAUAAGCCACCUGAAAGAACUAUAUAUACAUCACAUCAUCUCGCAGCUCUUUAUCAUGUACUCAAACAAAAACGAAGGACCACGUCGAGGAAGAUCGUUUGACUCCAUGAACAUUGGCUUUGAAGAAAAACUGCUGAACAAUGAGAUAAACAAAUCAACCUUCACAAAAAUUGAAGAAAACAGUGAAAAGAAGAAUACAUCAGAGAAAGGGAGAGCAACAAUUAUCUUUUCCCUCAAGAAUGAAGUGGGAGGACUAGUUAAGGCGCUUAAGCUCUUCCAGGAAAACCAUGUCAAUCUCGUCCACAUAGAGUCCAGAAAAUCUAAACGACGCAACUCUGAGUUUGAAAUCUUUGUGGACUGCGACAGCAACCACGAGCAACUGAAUGAAAUAAUCCAGCUGCUCAGAAAGCAUGUGAACGUGGUGGAUAUGGAGCCUCCAGAUAACUCUUGUCUAGAUGAGGAAGAUAUGUAUGAUAUACCUUGGUUCCCAAAGAAGAUUUCAGACUUGGACAAGUGUGCUAACCGUGUCCUGAUGUAUGGCUCUGAGUUGGAUGCUGAUCAUCCGGGUUUCAAGGACAAUGUCUAUCGUAAGAGGCGAACAUACUUUGCUGAUCUCGCCAUGGCCUACAAACAUGGGGAUAUCAUUCCUCGUAUUGAGUUCACGGAAGAAGAAGUGAAGACUUGGGGAGUUGUGUUCAGGGAGCUCAACAAGUUGUACCCCACCCACGCCUGCCGGGAAUACUUGAAGAACCUGCCACUGCUGACCAAAUACUGUGAAUUUCGGGAGGACAACAUCCCUCAGCUGGAAGAUGUGUCCCGCUUCCUCAGGGAACGCACUGGAUUCACCAUCCGGCCGGUGGCGGGUUAUCUGUCCCCUCGGGACUUCCUCGCUGGUUUGGCCUUUCGGGUUUUCCAUUGUACCCAGUAUGUGCGGCACAGCUCCGAUCCCUUAUACACCCCCGAGCCGGACACAUGCCAUGAGUUGCUGGGCCACGUCCCGCUGCUAGCCGAGCCCAGCUUCGCCCAGUUUUCUCAGGAGAUUGGUCUCGCUUCGCUCGGGGCCUCAGAUGAGUCGGUUCAGAAACUUGCCACAUGCUAUUUCUUUACGGUGGAGUUUGGCCUAUGCAAGCAAGAAGGGCAGCUGCGAGCAUAUGGAGCAGGACUGCUGUCAUCUAUCAGCGAGCUGAAGCAUGCACUGUCUGGCAAUGCAAGGAUAAUGCCCUUUGACCCCAAAGUUACAUCCAAACAAGAAUGCAUCAUCACAACAUUUCAGGAUGUCUACUUUGUGUCCGACAGCUUUGAGGAGGCCAAAGUCAAGAUGAGGGAGUUUGCCAAGACCAUCAAGCGUCCCUUCACAGUUCGAUACAACCCUUACACCCAGAGCGUGGAUGUGCUUAAAGACACUCCCAGCAUCAACAGCGUGGUGGAGGAGCUUCGGCACGAGCUUGACAUUGUCGGUGACGCCCUCAGCCGCCUGAACAAGCAGCUGGGCGUCUGACUGCCCACAUUCCAGUUGAAGUUAUCCACCUGCAGUCCAUCAACGCUCAAUGUGUCACCCCCAAGCACCGCUGUAGAGAUACUGCUUGUGUAUCGCCCUUCGUCAGUACAAUGAAUGUGCACUUUGUUCAAACGCUAUAUUUCCCCCACUACACGGUGUAUUGCUUAUACAAUUUACAGAGGCGUAUUUUAUGUUUAGUCACUGAUAUCAGUAAGUUGCACAAAACCAAGGAGCUGCUGAAGUGUUUUGCAUCAGUUGUCUUUGGCCCAGUCGGCUUCUGACGCGCUUUCAUGGUACUUUAUUACCUUUAAAUAAAUCCCGGCUGUUACAAACACAGAUGUGAUUUCCCCAUCCUAUUGUUAACUCUGCUGUUGUAUAUUGUCAUGUGAAUGGUUUCGUAUUUGAUUUCAACCUUCUUCACAUUUAUUUAAUCUUCCUCACUUCAGUGAUGUGUAUAAAAUGUACCUUUGUUGUAUUCUUUCAGUGUAUUUAUCAUGUUCCUUUGUGUGUGCUGAUGAAGAAAAUUGUGAAAGUGAUAAUUGGUGUUAUAAGAAUGUUUUCUUGACCGACUUAGUCCAUUCACCCUCACUUAUUAUAUUUUACAGAGAUGAUUUUGAAUACCUCCUCUUGGAAGUGAAAAUAAUUGUAGUGCCCCUUGAAAUCAAAACAUUAUUUUUCUACUGUAAAGAAAUAUAUACAUUAUGAGUAGGCUAUGUAUUAAAACAUAAAAAAGAAAUAAA